AUGGGCCCGGGCAACCGGCAGGGCGGCUGCUGGCGGCUGGAGAUGAGGGGCCUGAGGGUACGGGGCCAGGCGCUGGUUGCCACUUUGGUAACAAGGCCGAUCUGGUGUAGUGAUCAGCAAUCGCAGCAUCAAUCGCAGCCUUCGACCAAGGCCUCUAAGGCCAAACGGCCGCUGCGAAGGGUCCAGAGGUCCAGUCCCACCUCCCCGCCUUACGGCCCGCGCCGGAUCCCGCCCUACUCCGUCCGGCGCCGGCCCUCCUUGCAAGUGAAGGGCGACCAUCUGUUGCCUAAGAAGAAGAAGGUCCGGCCACGGUCAAAGGCGCGGAAGUCGAUGGGGAUGGGCUCUGGGACUCAGUCCCCAGCCAGACAUGCCGCAUCUUCCAGUCAGGCCCCUAAGACGCGGAAAUGUGUGGAGAUGCAGCGUGUGAGGGUGUGGUACAGCUGGGAGCCCUUGGUAAUACGGGGCAUUGGUCUCAAGCCCCGGGGUGAGUCCUCCAGCCGACAAGCUGGUCCACCGCCCCCACCUCCCUCGCCUGUGCCCCCUGAAGAAUCAGGGGCAAAAGGGAAAAGGCCUUCUCGGUCAAAAGAGAAGAGGCCUUCUGAGACAGAGGCUGCUGGGGCAGAAGAGAAGCAGCCUCUGGAGACCGAGGUGUCCCAGGCUGAAGAGGAGCAGCUUUUGGAGUCUGAGGCUUCCAGGACUGAAAAGGAGCAACCUCUGGAGACUGAGUAUUCUGGGACUGAAGAGGAGCAGGUUUCGGAGGCUACGGCUGAAGAAAAGCAGUUUUCAGAGGCCUCAGCUGAAGAAAAGUUGCCUUUGGAGGUUGGGGUGGAAGAAACGUGGCUUUUGGUGGUCUCAGAUGAAGAAAAGCAGCCUUCGGCAGCCUCAGUUGAAGAAAAGCAGCCUUCAGAGGCAGGAGCGGAAGAAAAGCGGUCUUCGGCGGCCUCAGUUGAAGAAAAGCGGUCUUCGGCGGCCUCAGUUAAAGAAAAGCGGCCUUCAGAGGCAGAGGCAGAAGAAAAGCGGCCUUCGGCGGCUUCAGUUGAAGAAAAGAGGCCUUCGGUUGUCUCAGCUGAAGAAAAGCGGCUUUCAGCAGCCUCGGCUGAAGAAAAGCGGCCUUCGGCGGCCUCAGUUGAAGAAAAGAGACCUUCGGUGGCCUCAGCUGAAGAAAAGCGGUCUUCGGUGGCCUCAGCUGAAGAAAAGCGGGCUUCGGUGGCCUUGGCUGGAUCAAAGCGGCCUUCGGCAGCCUUAGUUGGAGAAAAGAGACUUUCGGCGGUCUCAGCUAAAGAAAAGCGGUCUUCGGCGGCCUCAGUUGAAGAAAAGCGGCUUUCGGUGGCCUCAGUUGAAGAAAAGCGGUCUUCAGCGGCCUCAGUUAAAGAAAAGCGGCCUUCAGAGGCAGGGGCAGAAGAAAAGCGGGCUUCGGUGGCCUUGGCUGGAUCAAAGCGGCCUUCGGUGGCCUCAGCUGAAGAAAAGCGGCCUUCAGAGGCAGGGGCAGAAGAAAAGCGGCCUUCGGUGGCCUCAGCUGAAGAAAAACGGCCUUCAGAGGCAGGGGCAGAAGAAAAGCGGCCUUCGGUGGCCUCAGCUGAAGAAAAACGGCCUUCGGAGGCUGGGGCUGCUAAGGCUGAAGAGCAGUCUUUGGAGGCUGGGGUAGAAGGCGAGCAGCCUCAGGACCAAGGCCAGGAGAAAGAUAGCCAGAGACCGUUGGAGGAAGAAAGCCCACAGGACCAGAUAGAAGAGAAGCAGCCUGGUCAAGAGUCCAAGGAAGAGAAAGAAGCCCCUCAGGGUGAGGAUGUGGGAGGACAGAUGGAGAUGGAACCUGAUGGAGGAUAGAUGAGAAAAGAAAGAAGAGAGAGCUGGCAAAUGAAGCAGUCAAUGGGAUGAAGGAAAGCACUGGUCCAUUAGGGGUGAGGGGAACUUGGGGGGAAGAGAUGGACUCAGUCAGGGCUUUGCAAGGGGGAAAGACAAGUCUGGGGCUCUGGGGCUCAUUCCCAGAGAGGACACAAAAAAAGAUGAGAUAGCAGUUCUGAUCCAUAGUGGGGCUGCACCAAGACAGAAGGGAGAAGAUGCCCUCUGCCAGGCCUUGCCAGGGGAAGAAUGAGGGGCAGGAGCAGGGCUGGAGAAGGCAACUAAAUCCUUGAUAAGAAUUAUAGACGAGCAGAGAAUGAAAAUCUUUGCCAAAGAUACCAGUCCAAUAUGCCCAAAGUUGAUGGGAAUCUAAGAAUGCUUUAAUGAGAAAGACUUGAAGAAAUGAAUGGUGAAGAUUAAGAAGGAGAAGAAAAAGAUCGCUCCCUCGCUGCUCAUCAGCCCCAGGAUGUUGGCCACAUAGCCGAGCCCUUCGCCCAGUGCAAUGAGCUUUGGAGCCGUCACAGCAAGAAAGGCCACCCAAGGGGCAAGGAGCCUCCAGCCACCUUUCCAAGCCUCGUUUCCUGGCCUUGAAGAAGACCAGAUCUAGGAUCCCACAUCAGACAGCGUGCUCCCAGCUCACUUUUCCUAAACUUAAGAAAAAAAAAGAAAAAGGAGGCGAGAGAGAGAAAGUUUCACUUCCACAGAGGAAAAGGAUGGGAGGAGGUCCAGGUGAGGUGGCGAGAGGCUUGGGGCUGCUGCCGUGGGGUGGUGGGCCUGGCUCGGCCCAGCCUGUUUCUUCUUCAUCCUGGUUAUCCUAUUCUGACCCAGGCCCCAGUAUUAUGCCCCCUUGGGUGCUUAUCUGAACUGUCCCCUUGGAUCCCCGAGAGGGAGUCCUCCCUCAUUCCUUGGGUGGCUCC